AUGUAUCCCGAAGAAGAAACAGAGUCCCAAACCCAACAACUAGGAAACCAGGCAAAAGGGAUUGAUCUGAAGCAUUCAUUUCAGAUAGAAUAUGCAAUGUUUUUCAACCAUUUUACCAGUUCCAAGUACCAUCAGUCUCAUUUUGGUACUGGUUUGUGUGACCACCGCCUUAUGCCUGUGUCCACUUGGGGGAAACGCAAAGGAAUUUCCAGUGGGGUUUGGAUUUCUUCUUCAUCAUCUUCGAGGGCUUCCCUUUUUCUGUUCAGCUACACUCCUGAUUCUCUCCUUGUCCUACUUAUCUCCCUCAAUGGGAAAGUCCAUGAAGAACACUUCAUUUCCAAACUGCACUUAUCUUGGCCACAGAUUUCAUCCGACACGGUUAAAGGCAGCAGAGUGGUACUUGCAAGCUACAAGGAUUCCUUUGGACAGACACAGAAGUUCGCUAUGCGCUUUCUCGACUCUUCGCAAGCUGAAUUAUUUAUAGAUUCAUUGAAGGACAGCAUGAAAUAUGUGGAAAUUGUUGGCCUCCCAAGUAGCAAUUGUCUCUCUGAAGUACCUUGCGAUGAAGUCCAUUAUAGUGCUGUUACUGAAUCAAAUCCUGUCCAUGCUGCUGGUGCUGAUACUCUUCUAGUACAACCAUCGGGUGUGCAUGCUACAAAAUGUGCUUUUAUUGGUGAAACAUCAGGUCCUGAGGGAAGCAUCCGCAAAAUAAUACCUGCAGGUUUUUCUGUCUCUGAGAGAAACACCGGCAGAAACUUACUUCCCAGCUUAACUGAUUUCGUUGACACUAUCUGUAAUAGGAAUGGUCAAGGACAAAAAUUUGUAAACAGAAUUGAUACAAUUUCUGAACUUAAAGGAGUUCCAGCUUGCAAAAUUAGGGUUGCAGGAACAACCAACAUAAUGGUUAGAGUUGAAGAAGACACCGGUAGCACAACAUUUUUGGGCCAACGGCAUAGUCUAGGGGACAAUACCCCCUUGCCGAAUUCCAAUGCAGGCAAGAAAAAAAAGAAGACAGGAAAAACCUAUGGCGGAGAACCUGAAAAAGAACCAGCAAAAGAACGCUUGGUCCUUGGCACUUCCCAACCUGAUCCGAAGAAACAAGGCAAAACCAAUCUUCCACUCGAGAAAGAGGAUAUACCUUCUCCUCGAAAUACCCCUGCUGCCAAAAAGCGUUUGGAGGAUCAGAAGCUAGCCAAGAUCGAGGCUGAACUCAAGAAGCAAGGAGACGAUAGCGAUCAGCAACAGAGGAUGCGGAGAUAUGUCCUCGAAGAAACCAGGCGGCGCUGUCUCCUUGGACAACCCGAUCCCACAGAACAUGAAUUGGAGGAUUUGAGACGAAAAAGAAGCUCGCAGAACCCUAUCCCUUCUCAAGAAGAAGCGGGGGAAGUGGAAAGUCCAAGAGGACAGAAUUAUCAAGAAGCUGAGGGGUACGAAAACCCCCACGAGGAACGCUCGAAUGCCACCCGAGAUACCAUAUUCUGGAAUGCUUUCAACGAAAGAUACCCAGCCUUGGAUAUGGCCCUCGAGGAAUUUGACGUAGUAUACAGACGUAAAAACACUCGGGAGCAUCACGAUCCCCCCGAGUGUCGAGAUCAUCGAAGGAGAACAGGGGAACCCCCAAGACGAACUAAUGGACAUAACCGCCUGGAGUCCAAUUGGAAUCAAAGAAGUCCUCGAAGAGAUGAAUAUAGACCUGGCUACAAACCACACCAAGGCCACAACAACAUCGAGGGCAACUAUAACCAAGGAUACCAUCACCGUCCUCGAUACUCACCUCCCAGACAUCAGCAAUAUAACAGGCAUAGAGAAAAUCCGCCAUACUUCCAAGGAGAUCAACAAGGAGCAAGAGACCAGAACAUCUUGAUCCGAGAAGAAAUGAGAAAGAUCAUCGGGAUAGGACUAGACCGAAGAGAUACUGAUGUCUCCCAAUGGCUGCAAGGAUAUGUCCAGGUCAUGAGAAUUUCAAACGCAACCAUGAAUUUCAUGGCCAAGGCGCUACCUUCUUACUUGGCUGGACAAGGGCAGUAUGAGAGUCUGACUGACUUCCACAAACGGUUCAUACAAGAAACCUUGCAGGUCGACAACAUCGAUGAUCGGGAUGUUCGCAAUGGAUUCAUCCAAGGCCUUAACCCCUUUGGAAAAUCCUCAAUGUUGCGAGUUAAGCUCUCGACCAAGCCCCCCAAGAAUGCUCAGGAGAUGUGGGUCAUUGUCGAGAACCAUAUACAACGAGAACACACACUCAAGAGGUCCCAGGAAUUUUUCGUGUCGGUAGGACUAAGGGACAAGCCAAAAAUCCCCAUGGAAAAUAAACUGGCACUAACCAAGAUGGAUAGGCAAUUAACACCCUUAACCAAGCUGCGACGAGAAAUCCUCCAGAUCCAUAAGGACGAGUUACCAGUCCCGAAACCUUUGGCACCUAACCCAAACAGAUCAACAGAACAAUAUUGUGGAUAUCACAAAGAUCACGGCCAUGACACGGAGGAUUGCCGAGAGCUUAAGAGGGAAAUUGAGAACGGGGUCAAGUCUGGCUAG